UUACCGUGUGGAAAUGUUGUGGGUGGGGCAUAAAAGGGGACCACCCGGUAAGGCGUUGCUUUCAGAAAUGUUUUGAAAAGUCCGGCUGCUCAGAAGUUUGAGAAUAAGGAUGGAAGAGGCGUGAAGAUAAUCGGACUGAGGCCAUUCUUCGGAUGGGAAGAUCCCUUUGGGGAUGUAGAAGCGGGGGGUCGCGGGAUGCUGCGGUGCCACCCGCUCCGCGUCACCGCCGUUUCCGGAAACCCCCCACCCCCGAGUCCGCGGUCUCCCCCCUAGUUCCGGGGAAGUGCGAUCGAGCGGGCUGAAGGCGCGAGCUGGCCCGGAGGAAACUUCGGCGGCUGCACGGCACGAAGAGGCCAGGCGAAAGGGCAGCACCUAGUUCCCUGAUUGAUUUUCUCGCCUCCCUUGCACGCGAGAGGCGCGAGGCCCGGGUGGCGCGCACGUAGUGGGCACCUGCGCAGGCGGAGCGCGAGCGAGCGCGCGAGCUCGGACGCCCAGCAGAGGCUGCGGGAGCGCGGCGAAGUCUCGGGGAGCCGGGUGCACGGAGGCACAAAGGCUGGUGAUGCUGGAACUACUGAAGAGACGGCAAAGGGAAAGCGAAAGCCCCGGGCUUGGCCAGUGACUGGGUGCAGGCGCCGCGCAGCCUUCCCCACGCCGACAGUUCCUGGGGCUGUCCUCUGGGGGCUGACGGGCCGAGCCGGCGCGCAGCAGCCAUGGCCAUCGCCCACCUGGCCACCGAGUACGUGUUCUCGGACUUCUUACUGAAGGAGCCCUCGGAGCCCAAGUUCAAGGGGCUGCGGCUGGAGCUGGCCGUGGACAAGAUGAUCACAUACAUUGCCGUAGGGAUGCCCUUGCUGCUCAUCUCGCUGGCCUACGCGCAGGAAAUCUCGAUCGGUACACAGAUAAGCUGUUUCUCCCCAAGUUCUUUCUCCUGGCGCCAGGCUGCCUUCGUGGAUUCUUACUGUUGGGCUGCUGUUCAGCAGAAGCCGUCCCUGCAGGGAGAUUCUGGGAACCUUCCACUGUGGCUGCAUAAGUUUUUCCCCUACAUCCUGUUACUGGUUGCCAUCCUCCUGUACCUGCCCUCCCUGUUCUGGCGUUUUGCUGCUGCUCCGCACAUUUGCUCGGAUUUGAAGUUCAUCAUGGAAGAACUCGACAAAGUUUACAACCGCGCAAUUAAAGCUGCAAAAAGCGCACGUGACCUUGACCUGAGAGAUGGUGUCGCCCCAGUUCCUGGCUCUAAUGAGAACGUAGGGCAAAGUUUGUGGGAGAUAUCUGAAAACCACUUUAAGUACCCAAUUGUGGAACAGUACUUGAAGACAAAGAAAAACUCAAAUACUUUAAUCGUCAAGUACAUCAGCGGCCGGGUGCUAACACUCAGCAUCAUACUGUUAGCAUGCGUCUACCUGGGCUAUUACGUUAGCCUCUCCUCCCUCUCGGAUGAGUUUGUCUGCAGCAUCAAAUCAGGGAUCCUGAGAAAUGAUAGCACCGUCCCCGAUCGGUUUCAGUGCAAACUCAUUGCAGUCGGCAUCUUCCAGUUGCUCAGUUUCAUUAACCUCGUGGUUUAUGUUCUCCUGGUUCCCAUAGUUGUCUACACGCUGUUUGUUCCACUGAGACAGAAGACAGAAGUUCUGAAAGUGUAUGAAAUCCUGCCCACUUUUGAUGUUCUACAUUUCAAGUCUCAAGGGUACAACGACUUGAGCCUCUACAACCUUUUCUUGGAGGAGAAUAUAAGUGAACUCAAGUCAUAUAAAUGUCUUAAGGUACUGGAGAAUAUUAAAAGCAGUUGUCAGGGCAUCGACCCCUUGGUUCUCCUGAUUAACCUCGGUACGAUCAAGGUGGAUGUUUUCGAUGGCAAAGUUGUCGAUGGCAAAAAUCACAAGCAGGAUGAGAUGACGGGAGAGGAGCAGGGGAACCAGAUGGCAGACCUCAAAGAUUUGAAUGUACACGGUGGAACUAAAUCAAAUAAUGGAGCGGGCAAUGCUCGACAGAGACUUCUGGAUUCCUCUUGCUGAUGAUUUUUUUUUGUCAACCUUAGAUCCAUGACUUCUGGGACAAGGGAUUCAUUUUGGCUAAAGUGCCUCUGUCAGGUUUCAGCUGGUUUGCAGCAAAUGGUUCUUGGUAGUGGCAGAACACGACUUGGUGAGUCCCUAAUGAAAACGACGAUGAGCAGAAUGUUGUUGGAGAACUGUUCAUGAACUUCCUAUGAGAAGAAAUGCAGAGACAAAUAAACCACAGCAAGUUCUCAUCAGAUGAAAAGUGGAAAGUCUAAUCAAAGUAAGGGCAGUAGCCCUUUUGGGGUCUCAGAGAAACACUUUUCUGUGUAGACAGUGUGAUGAGACUCACAGCUAUGGGAAAGCAAGGACUUUGGGAGAUUUUUCAUUUCGUUUUAUGAAGUAAUAAGAAGCAUGGCAGGAUUCAGUUUAAUAUGGAUCUCCUACAAACCCUAAUGACUGUUGGGCAAGAAAAGCACUCACUGGCUGUGGACCCAGAGGUACACCUGUUCUUGGCCUCUUCCUAACCUGGGAGAAGUGCCGGUGCCUUGGUCUGGCAGGCCCCGCUGUCUUCACACUGCUGCUGUGAGCCUUGGUGGACUGAAAUUCUCUACCAGUUUUUGCUAUUAGCCAUUAUGAAGGGCCCAGGCCCAAGCACUCCUCUGACAGAAAACUGUAUCACAUAGAAUCUACAGGGUAUUUAAUUGUGACUUCUGUACAGGAAAGAAUGCUUCCAAAAGAGCCAGUGGGGAAAUCAGAACAUACAGAACACGUUAAUUCAGUCACUUUUCAAGGUUGUUCUUCAGUGCGUUUCUCUGUUAGCAAAAGCAUUGGAAACAGGAUGUUAUUUAAACAAAUUCAGCGAAUGCAGAAUGCUUCAAGUGAGGGACAUUUUGCCUCUGAUCAAAACAUAUAAAUGACAUCUGCCAUAUGGUGUGCCUGGAGCCAGAACAACUUAACAGUUUACUUUAUUUAUAAUUAAGCACAUCUUUUAAAAAUUUAUUGACUUAGAAUCAUAUGGCGUCAGAAUUGAGGCCAUUUGGGAUGCGCGUUCUGCCUGUCCCAUUAUUCUCACUGUCCCAUUUGGUGGACAGUUAUGGAAUAAAUGACACAAGUGGGCACAUGACAUAAAUGCAAGUGUCAUUUCAUAAACCCUUGAGGCGGAUUCAGAAUAGGUAAAAACUUUAACCAGUUCUGACCACGUGAAUGCAUCAUCAUUAUAUUUAUAUUUUAUACAAAAUUCUUUAAAAUGACGUCUGUAGACCUGCUCAUUUUCAUCCUUAACAAGUUAACACAUUGCUGAAGUGAGUAAUCCUCAGGCACCUCAGAGUUUACACAUGGCUUCAGGGGCAGUCAUUGACCUGAUCUCAUGACUGCUUGGUGAAAAGCAAAAGUGAUAUAAGCUGCUCUUUGUCUUUCAGAAACUCACAAAGCAGAUUUGUGUGCGUGCACGCUUCUGGGUGGUUUCCGAAAUGGGUAGCUAAUGAUAGAUAACCAAGAACGCAAUCAGUGCUGUAAAUUAGUCUUAUUUCUUGAUAUUUAUUACCAUUAAAUUGUAGUGGAAAUGGCAGUAACCUAAAUAACCAGUUUUGUUACAUAUUUAUAUCAUUGUAUCUGAGAUGUUUGAUCACAAUUCUCUACAUUCAUAACUUUUUAUAAUUUGAAAAGAUUUCUGAAGUAUAUUUUUUUAUGAUAUGCUUUUUUUUCCCCAAAAAAUCUUCAUCUUUUCUAUGGACUGCCCCAAAUUUGUACUUUGAAGGCGUAAAAGCAGACACAUUACUUAGGAGAUCCGGAACUCUCUAAGUCCUGUCACCUGUCUUCCUUUCAUUAGAGUUAUAAUUUGCCUCUGUUCAUUUCCCCAUUCCUACAUUCUGAGCUCCAAUAGGGUCUGUGAUUCUCAGACAUCACACUAGUCACUGACUACAAGGGUACGAAUGAGACAGGUCCUCAUCUUUGAGGAGUUCAGAGUCCAGUAAAAGGCAGUGAAGACAGAGGCAGGUACCAAGAAGAGUAACCACCAUAAAGGCCCUUCCAGAAAACUCAGCCAAUGCUCUGUGUUCCUGGGAAAUACCAUGCUGUUUUGUUUUUUUUCUCAUAAUUUCUGUUUCUGGUGCUUUUGAGACUCUGCUUACAGUUUUACCAGAGGCUCUGGUUACAUGUUCCCCAGACUGCAGCUUGGACAAAACCAUCUCAGAGAUGGGGAUUUUGAACAGUAAGUGCUCCAGUCACUCCACCUUUCACGCCUUACCUAGCAGGGGGUGGGGGCACAAGCCAAUGGGGCACAUGGAGCUAGCUGCCCAUGAACAACAGUCGUGGUGCCAGGAGACUGAUGUGGAUGUCUGGGCAUGUAUUUUGGCUUGGACAAAAAGUGCUAUUAGGGAAAUCAACCCAUCUAUCCAUGGUGAGUUACUGGCCUAGCGGUCUGCUUUUCAGGAGCCAGACUCCUGAGGGUGAGGAGUCAUUCAUUGCUCUGUAAAAGGAGAUAAACAUUCUAAAUGGUCAUACCCAGUAGGGCUUGUUCCUGGCCCAGGUCUGCCUAGUAAACCACCAGGGGGCUUCUAAACCAGACUCAUAACAACACUGGUGUUGCAGCUGGGACUGGGACCCAUCAUUCUGAAUGCAGUGACCAGCCGCAUGUAUAAUUUUACCAAGGGACAGGCAGAGACCCUCCAAUGCAGAGGUUCUUAAACUUUUGGAAAGUUACGAACUCCCUUGAAGAUAUUUUCUUAAAGCUAUUGACCUUCUCUUCGGAUAUACACAAACAUUAAAGAAACCUUCAGGAGUCGUAGUCCACGCACCCAAGGUUAAGCUGGGCUUUACUGGCUGAAGGCCAGCCCACACCGGAGAGAAGGGCAGCCCCUGCUGCAUUUGUGGAAACACUAAUUCUAAGCUAUAUGUUUAUUUUUGAAUGAAGUGCAUGUUUUGAGUAACUGACUUCAUUUUCCAGAGUCAGAUUUGAAACAGUUGCAAGAGUGACUUGGAAGAGGUAGCCUGGAAUGAUGGGGCAGUUGGCCAUGACCACUGUUCUCUGGCCACCAGGUGUUAUCUUAUUCCAGAUCCAAAUCACUGUCCUUGUACAGCCUCACUGGAAUGUGAGGAGGGUGGCAUAACACUUGUAAAGUGCUUUGUCCUACUAUGUAGUGGUUCUGUCACAAAGCUAGGAACUUCCAUUUGUAUGGUGGGUGUUGAUGUUCUUGUUUCAUUUGUGGAAACACGUUCACUGAGUAAGUAUGGUCUCCCAUCCAAAAGUGAGCAGAGGUGGGGCGGAGGAGCACUGGGAGCUUGUUCCUGGGAGAAUUAGUUCAGCUCUUAGAGGCAGAUGGAUACACACCUUUUUAAAUGAACUCAUGUUUGGUUUAUUUUGCUAUUGUCAGUUCAGGGUAAAUAGCAGAUCCAUGGGGGUGGGAGUUUUUAUCUAGUGCUAUACAUCAAGCUCCUAAAACAAUGUUGUGUAAUGGGCAUUCUCAAAUGUGUGUUGUAUCACAAGCACACUGUUAUGAUAAGUCCUAGUUUUUUGACAACCAUGAUUCGAUUUUAAAAGGCAGAUGGUUCUCUGAAGGAGAGAGGAAGGGAGGCUCAUUUAGCUUUUUGGUGGAGAGGGAACUAUUUCUGCAGAUGAAUAGGUUUCCACAUAUAAAUAGUGACAGUUCGUAGCUUUUUAUUGUGGAGUUAGUCAUGAUCACUUUCCAAAUUCAAAACAAGUUCAAUGUUGCCUUGCAAUCAUUAGAGAAAUUGAGUUUUUAAAGGUCCUGGUCUCUGUAAUUUUCCAGAAUAAUCUCAUGGAAAGGAUCAUUCAUUGAAAUGUGCAAUUAUCAGCAAUCAAGGUUUCAUCUCUCAGGGCAUUGCGAUAAACUAGCUCCUUCUGGGCAGUCAUUGGCUUUGGGCUCUAUUUUUCACAAGUAAAGUAAAGCCUUUAUAAAACAGGUUGUCAAAGAUGAUGUUGUGUUAUUUGUAGAAUGUCAUAAAUGUUCAUCUGUGCUUGGUUUGUCUUGAACAGUGCUUUAAAUGUAGUGUUUUGUUCUUGGUUCUCUUCUUAGUGGUACAAAUACUUUGUCACUUAAAGCAUGCGGUUUGAUCAGUAAUUGUUAUUCAAGUCCCUGAAAGUUAUAAAAGCUUCUCAUGCCUUGAGUGCAUGCCCCUGGCCCACCAGAGGAGGAAAAAUCUUGUAGAGUUCUACGAGGUCACGUGUUCUCUACAAAAACGAAGCCAUCAGCUCCUCUUUGACAAGUUGGCUUUUUAAAAGCAUCACAAUUACAGUUUAAUAGUUCUUCUAGGUAUAAUCAAAACUGUCUUUAAUGACUAAAUUGCUUCAAAACUUUUAAGGAAAAACAUGUAUGUUCUUGUUACUGUGUCAUUUGAUAGGAAGGGUGGCUUCUAUUCCACAGAAAAAUCAAAAGAUGAGAACACGUCAUGGUUUAGAAAGUGAUCCUUAAAAGCGGCACAAGCACUUUGAAAGCUCUGCAUUUUGAUGAUUAUCACUGUUAUAUUUCAUGUUUCCACAUGAGCCAGUUGUCCAAGAUCUGCCUGCUGAUCAUGCUGACUUCGUUUAAGGGGGGAUGAGAGGCCAAAGACAAGGCCGUGGUGUUCAUACAUUCAGGCGAAACUGUUUUGGUUCCACAUUAUUGUGUCCACCUAAAUAAAACUUU